AUGGACCACUACGAGCCAUCGUCAAGAAACCAACGGACGUAUCCUCAACGCGAUCGUCCACCUCCUCCGUCAUAUCACGACGUGCCUCCGCCGCCGUCUGGUCCUCGCGACAUGUUCCAAUUCCGCGGUGCCGCUGCUGCCCGCCCCUCCGGUGACAACUACCGCCCCGGACCCAGAAGAGACGGUUUCAACUUCUCAGCCGGCAACAAUGCGCCGUCGUUCGCGCCCUCAAACAAUUACCCAGGCGCCAGAAGACCCCCUCCUAGAGACUCGCGUCGCAAUGCUCAGCGUAACGGCCGCGGCCGCGGUGGCCCUCGUAGAUUCGGACCCAAGCCUGCUCACGAACGCGAUCUGAUGCGACACCAGCGCGAACCCACUCCCGAUCAGUUGGAGGGCAUGAACGAAAGCAGAGAGUCCCGCUUCAAGGUCCUUGAUGAUCUCUCCGACAGCGAUAUUGACGAUGACGACAGCGUUAUGGAUCUCGAGACUGAUGUCCAACAUCCCACUGACGCGUCCGCUCAGCCUUCGUUCUCCAACCGUGCAAGCCACUCCGAUGAUGACUCCGAGGAAGAGCACCCCAGAGCCAAACGCGCUCGCAUCAAGAGUAAGAGCCCCGAGUCCGAACAGGCCAAGCCCAAGUGGUCAAAUCCCGACCCUUACACUGUGCUGCCUCCGCCUGGCGAGUCCGACGCCAAGAAAAAGGACGUUGUCAAGCUCAUCCGCAAGGCAAAGGUCGAGGCUGCAAAGCCUGCCGCCACGGCUGCCGAGGGUGAGGACUUCAUCUCGCUGAACUUUGAUGACGGCUUUGCCCAGAACAACAGCGAAGACGAUGGUGGUGUCUCACUCUCUGGUUCUGUCAGGGGCGAGCCUUCGCUUCCUCACAAGCCUUCCUUCAGUCAUCUAGAUCACCUCCAUCCUGAUCGCAACCUUCCUCCACCUCCUGUUGUCGAGGAAUCGAAGGGUGUCAAUAUGUCAGCGCCUGUUCCUCUACCUCGUCUCGAUGUCUGGCCUCCGCCAGCAGAUGUUCAUGGUGACCCGUCAGGUCGCAGCCAAUACCAUACCGGACUUCAGAGACAAGAAGCCAAGGAUGCCGUAGCUCCGCUUCGCAAGGAGAACAAGAAACGCAAGCGUCGCGAUGACGUGGCACUUGGCGAUACUAUUGAGGAGUGGAGGGCCCCCGAAGGUACUGAUCCCGCUCCGUGGUUUGCCAACAAACUGCAAGGCUCUCGUGCUGAACAUUGGCUCCACAACGAGAUUCUUGACUUCUACAGUUACGUCAAGCCUCGUGACUUCGAACAUCAGGUUCGCGAGGAUCUGAUCAAGCGUAUCGAGAGCGCAGUCAGAAGACAAUUCCCUGAUCUGAACGUUCGUGCCUUUGGUUCCUUCGCCUCUGGUCUCUAUCUACCGACUGCCGACAUGGACCUCGUCGCAUGCUCAACUCGUUUCCUGAACGGCGGCUUUGCCAACCCCCAGCCAACUAAGAAUUGGAUGUACAAGUUUGCCAACUGCCUCAAAAGAGCCGGCAUUGCCAUUGAGUCGUCAGUGACUAUCAUCGCAAACUCCAGAGUGCCUCUCGUCAAGUUUGUCGAGAAAGUGACUGGUUUGAGGGUUGAUGUUUCGUUUGAGAAUGAUAGUGGACUUCUCGCCAACAACACCUUCCAGGUCUGGAAAGAGAAGUAUCCCGCCAUGCCCAUCAUUGUAGCCCUGAUCAAGCAGUUCCUCGUCAUGAGAGAUUUCUCCGAGGUAUUCAGCGGCGGUCUUGGUGGUUAUUCGGUUAUUUGCCUGACCAUCACUGUACUCCGCGUUCUUGAGGAUCGCAAUGGAGCAGACUGGGACCCUAUGCAAAGUCUGGACACAGUUCUGAUGAACUUCUUCGUGUAUUAUGGUAGAGACUUUGAUGUUCAGAAGCAUGGUAUCCAGAUGGAACCUUGGAACAUCGUCACAAAGAAAUCGUGGAGAAAUACCAAGGGCCAACCAUCCAAGCAGGAUAGACUGCUUAUCAUCGAUCCUAACAACUACUCCAACGACAUCUCUGGAGGCUCUAGUUCAGUCAUCAAGAUCUUCGAGAGAUUUGCCGACGCUUUCAGAGAGCUCAACAUCUGCAUGUCAGAUGCUGAAGACACCCAUAAGGAGAAUGGCGAUGUUAUUAGUAUCCUCGAACGUGUAUGGGGUGGCAACUAUGCCCUCUUUGAAGCUCAGCGUUCCCGUCUGAGAGCUGUAUGGCAGCAGAAUAUGGCAAGGUAUGCUGCUGUGCACUCAAGAUCCAGAACAUAUCAAUAA